GCUACCUCUGCCAGAUACAGGGGGCCAGUUGAGAGCCUGGCUGCGCUUCAGCAGCAGCAGCAGCAGCAGUUCUGGCUGUUGCAUGCGGCCGUUUGCCUUUGGCGUCAAGCUGUCAAAGAACUCCCUCGCAGCGGACACAGGCUGACCGUCACACAGCGCUGCCCUAGAAAAGUUUGUUACCCUGUUGUGAACGACCCCAGUUUGGUCCCAAGCCCGAAACUCUGCCCUUAGCAGAGCAUUGCGACCAGCGAGCGAACAGCAUUGGCUUUAUAUAGGGCCGAGGAUUGCGGAGUGGUGUCCGAAACGGCGGCGUUGCUCCAUUGCUUGUGGCCAAUUCAGGCGCACCGCCUCAUACUUGGAAGGACUGAACGAGUAAGCGCAACUUCUCCAUUGCCCCUCCGGGCAAGGAACAAGGGGCGCAGCGAGCCGUCAGAAGCAGCAGUGACAGCUGUCCAAACAGCGGUGACAGCUGUCUGCAUUGAGGUUCUACCAAAAAAGUUUCUAGAGUCAGUGGUCACGUUGGCCAGAAACAGCGGUGGUGCUCCUUACAGUAGUGCUGACAGCCUUGCAUAAGCGAGAGCUGUCUUCACAACGGCGACAGAAGGCAGAGCUCAGUAGCUGGCAACGAGGGUGACAGCUGUCCAAACCUGAAAUCUGCCAAAGAGGGAGUGCGAUGAAGCCCAAGAGCAUGGUCCACACUGGGAAUAGUCAGCAGGGCUCAUGGUCCUGGCUGGACCGCGUACAGACAAAGCUGGAGUCUCUAUACGAGACGGAGCAGGGAGGGAGCGUAUUCUUACAGGAAACUGGCCGCAUGCUUGAGACACAAGUGACCAAGGUCGGCGCCAAUGUGAAGAAGCUCUACUCCGAGUUUGUGCGCGAGCUUUUGCUGCCCCUCGAGGUGCCUGGGGAGAGCCAGGCCUGGGCGGAUGCGCAAGCCCGGUUGAAGGCCCCGGCCAUCGCCGGCAGUGACGAGAAAGUGCCCGGGGAAGAUCAACCGGGCGCCGAGGACGAGGAGGCAACGGGCGACGAGCAGGGGAGGGAGACCCAGGGGCAGGCCGAGGUCGACGAGAAGGCUGCGUCCGUGCUUUCGGCGUCCGACUCGCAGGAGUUUGAAUUGCUGGCCCCGCCGCUGUUUCAGGCGCCGCCCCUGGAAGAGACCCACGAGGACCUGCGGGUUAAGGAAGGGGUUACCAAGCUGCACCUCAAGCUGCAGGAGAUGCAGCGCAUCGAGUCGGACAAGUCGCCGGCUGUGCAAACGGACGCCCGAACUGUGGUCCCCGCUGUCGAAGCUGCCCCAGCGGAACCUGAAGCAGAACCGGAAACGGACAAGAAGACGACGGCGGAACUGCCCAUCCGACGCCCCGGCGAAGACGCCCAGCCUAUCGACAAGGCCCGCAUGGAGGCGCCCGGCGGUUUGGCAGCUGCUUCGGCUCCAGCGGAUUCCGUUCCGUUGGACGUGGCAGCGGAUUCAGAUGCCACAGAGCUCGAGUUUGCCUCUGAGACGGAGGGGGAGGCAGGGAGGAGAGAUGACGACGAUCUUUUGAGCGGGAACGAGAGCGACCGGUCGCAGCGCACCAAGUGGUACGGAGCUAAGGGUGCCCUGCCUAGGGCGGAUUCGGGGCAUUCCACCGGGGGAGAAUCGGGGAAGGGGGGCUGGUUUGACUGGGAGCUGGUAUGACAGAUUUAUCUUCUGCAAGGCUGUUUGUAAUGGAAGCGUCAAAUGACAUGGAAAAUAUGUUUGUUUGAUUUUCCUAGCGUGCUGUUUUCAGAGAGCAGGAAGGGGGGGGCGUGGUAUCGCAAAGGGCAUCCGAUCCGAGUCAAGUAUGCUCAUAUACAAGAAUAAGAAUAGGGCCUGUUGCCAGGACAUGGGGAAACGUGUAAUGUAACGAGAUCUUUCGGAGGGUUGGUACUUGUCAUGACGGGCAGCCCUUCAAAUUAGCGAUAUAAGCGAACGUUAGAAACACGUGUAUAAGCCCGCGGGCCAGCCUGCUGGCGUUCUGGUCAAACGUAGGUAUACCUAAACGAAGAGCUUUCCUGUCCACUUAAGCAAGUCCGGCAGCUAAAUUCGGCAUACGAUCUUGAAGCAACCCAAGAAGAAUUUUAAAUUACAAAGCUCAUGCAGCGAUGGGUUACGAUAGUAAGAGCAAAGGAGUAAUAUUGGAGCUUGAGGUAGGCUGGAUUUGCACUGCGGUUGCAGGUGCCAAUUAAAUUGCACAACGGCCGCUGCAUCACACAUCCCAACGUGUGUGUCAUACGUGUGUCCUCAUUCCCACAAUGUAACUGGCGAUUAAAUUUCAAACCAUUGAUUGCAAGUUUUAUCCUCAAA